CCUAUAAAAGACGGGCUGAGCCAUCAGAGUCAUUCUGCACAAAGCCACACAAGCAAAGCACAUAAGAGAAGACAUGAGAACAAAGAACCAUCAUUACUCAGUGAGCCAUGGAGGAAAUUACCAGAGAGAGAUCGGGAAAUUCUUGAGUUCAUCAAAUCAUAUAAACCCCGUAAUAAUCGUGCCGGCCAUCUCAGAAUCCUGCUUCAUGGACCAGUCGGUGCUGGCAAAUCCAGUUUCAUUAACUCAGCGCAGAGUGUUGUACUGGGCAGAAUAAUUGUUCGGGUUUUGACAGAUGCAGCUUUAUCUGCAACAGCCAGCUUUACUGAAAAGUACAAAACAUUUAGGAUCUCCAAGGAUGAAAAUGAAACACAUUGCAGUUUUGUUUUCAACGACAUGAUGGGGUUGGAGUCACAUAAAAGUGGUAUCACUGUGGAAGAUCUCAAACUUGCUCUGAGGGGACAUAUAGCAGAGGGUUACGAGUUCAUUCCUAAUCGCCCUUUGAUGGAGAAGGAUCCAUUCUACAACAAACAUCCUUCUCUGGAUAAUAAAAUCCACGUUCUGGUUUCUGUUGUUUCUGCUACAACUCUAAAUAUAAUAAAUGAUGAAGUAGUGAAGAAGAUGAGAGAGGUCAGACUGGAAGCCAGCAGACUGGAGAUUCCUCAACUGGCCAUCAUCACCCGCGUUGAUGAGGCUUGUCCUGAAGUAAAAAAAGAUAUCAAGAAUAUCUACAAGAGCAAGAAACUGAAGGACCUGGCUGAAAAAUUCCACCAGCUGCUGGGCAUCCCACUGAACUGCAUCUUUCUUGUGAAGAACUACAGCUCAGAAGUAGAAACAAGUUCUGAAAUUGAUGUUCAGAUCCUGCAGCCACUGAAGCAGAUGGUUGUCUUUGGAGAAGACUUCCUCAAAGACCAGGAAGAUAAAUCCUGCUGUGACACAGCUUGAAAGACCACAGCAUGAAAAUGUGGACACGUUACUGAGUAGUUUGUUGUUAUUCUCUGUCCUGUUAUUGUCCUGGAAAUAUACCUUUCUGUCUGUUACUUCGCUUAAUGUGGAAAAUAAAACUGUUUUACAAUGGGUCAUUUCUGUUGUCGUCUUUCAUGAAAAUGCUGUUGUUGGUCUUCCAGACAAAUGGGAAGGACCCCUAUGUCACAUAUUUUAUGGAAAAUAUGGUGUGUAUUUGUAUUUAGUCCUAUAUGCUUGUAGCAUAAAAUACAAUAGAGUGAAAGCUACUUGAUGUCAUUGUUUUUAAGAUUCUUUCAUCUGAACCAGCUGCAGAUUGUAAACCAAAUAACUUUCCUGUCUCCAUGAGCUCAUCUUGUCUCACAUCUUCAGGGAUCAUCUGGACAUGAUGAUGAUCCUGCUGCUGCUGCUGUGUCU